GAGUUUAUAUGCGGUUGCGCUGGACUGUGCUGAAAUCGGCGGCGGUCGAGGGCAAUCGUUGAUCCAGUGAAGGACUAUACGCAGCAGGCGGGUUUAGCAUGUGAAAGUGGGUUACGAGCUUUCCAACAUCUAGGUUAUCGAUAAGACGAGGAUGAGAUUCCGUGGACCUAGCGAUCUUGUAAUUGAGCAAGCGAGAUUUGACAGUCCUCUCAGCGUCGCACAUAUAGUCACGCAGUCAAUUAAUAGGUAUUCACCUUUGCAAACCGACACACAGGUACCCUCUCGACACACCCGUUCACCAUCCCUCUGGUGUGGUUGUGCUCCGGAGCCUUGGCCGUUGGGGCACGUUUGCCAAUGUCGCGACAUUGGAUCACCAAAGCGCGACUGGGCGUGCGCGCCAGGCUGCAGACAUGUGAAAGGGUGCUCGACCACUCAGGGCGCGCACGUCACGAUAAGCUGGCGCUGGUCCGGCUUGUGUUCAUGGCUUGUGGGCAGUGGAACGGCCGGAUUGCCAGGCCCAGUUAUCAAGCGGCUGGGAUGGAUGCCGCUCGUAACGGUGCGUCCUGCAUUGCUGGAAGCGAGGAAGAUUACCGCAGGUCUGUCCUGAUUUGCCGAUUGCGCGGAUGGCGAGAUUGAGCGGAUUGGAUUGGAUUAGGGUUGGAGUGUUGGAACCCCGAUGUUGACGUGAAGUUUGUGGGUUGUUGAGAUGGCUUGGAGUAGUUUGUGGGGAAUGAAUGGGGAUUGCUUGCUAGAGUGAGAAGAGAUGUUGAGGGCAGGUUAUUCAACAUUAUAACCAUUCUCGUCUGUAACAGAAAAGAGGGUUGCUCAGUUUG